AUGGCGGAGGACAGUACUGCUUCAAGAAAAUAUAUUUGCUACCAGCCUUUGUUGCUGAUUCUUAAAAUGUCGCGAAUGUUUGGAAUAGCCCCUUUGACAUUCGGAUCUGAUAGUAUUAAGUUUUCACGGGCUUAUUAUAUCUACAGUCUCAUUUUUAUAGCAGCUUUAAAAGCGACAAUAUUUGUAGGUUUCGUGCUAGAUGUGACUAACCCAGACCAGUCGCUGCGUGCGCGCACAUCCACUUCUCGUAUCAUCUGGCUAGCAUAUCUGAUCGUUCUGACAGCUGUCACAGUGGUAGGAUGCUGCGAGUCUCCCACUCGAUGUAAAUGUAUGCUUAAUGCUCUCCAUCGCAUCGAAGAGAUAAAAGAUCUAAUGGGAGGUGUUAAAUCAACACCUUCUGAUCUGAUGUGCAUUUACGCAACGAUCUUUAUGUUUUUGUCUGUUGUUAUCGUUUUAUCUCUUAUUGAUUUGCAACAGAAUCUCCAGGCGGCAUAUAUGCUAAAUAAAGAAGAGAAAGGGAACAAGAGAGUCCACACGAUAAAUAAUUACAUGAUACAAACUAAAGUUACAAAGCCUCACAGCGGUUAUACCGUGAAGAAGGAUUUUGUUUCUGAAGAAGAAUGCCGAAACGAAAUCCGUAGACUGGCGUUAGUGUAUGAGUUGGUGUGCGAGGUUGUACGAAAUGUGGAUCGUGGUCACGGGCUAAUAUUACUACUUUUGCUACAAUCCUUCUUUUUGCACUUCAUUAUGACUCCCUAUUAUAUGAUAAACCUGUACCGUGUUCCUGACUUCUUCGCAUCUAUAGGCCAACAGAUAGCCUGGUUCCAUUUCCACGCGUCCAAUGUCAUUCUCAUUGUGGAGCCGUGCCAUCGCGUGCAGCAAGAGGUCCUACGCUUCAUUUUACCUUCUUAA